AGGACGGCGCGAAGGACAAGGCCAGAGUAGUAUAUGUGUUCGGACGUCACCGGCUCGAAAUAAAGUGGUGGCGUGACGCCUCGGCGGGCGGGGCUCUGCCGGCUCUGCCUGGGCCCGGGGCCCCGUUGGGGGUCCUGCCAGACGGGGACCUUCUGCGCGCGGCGUCCUGCCCCGCCUGAUCCGACUACUGCCGGUCGAUAUGCAAUGCCGUGAUGCGCACUUUACUUUGCCUGGUGCUGGUGGUUCGGUGAACGUUAAAGCGGUUUGUUGCUCUGGCGGCCCGCGGAGGGCCCCGCGGCGAGGCGUGGCGGCGGGUGGCGGCUGACAAGUUCAAGGUCGCGGGCUGUACGCGUGGGGAGCGCGGCGCGGCGCGCGGCUGUGUGGGCGUGGAGGAGUGGGGGGGCCGGGCCCCCCACCGCGGCCUUGCGCCGAGCGCGGACCCGAGCGGGAGCCGAGCGUAGCCGAGCGCGAGCCGAACGGGCCCCGCGCGCGUCGUCUGCUAGCGCGGGAGCGAGAGAGAGCGAUGAUCGGGCGGGCGGGAGCGGCGCGGGCGCGGGCCGGCCGAGCACGCUGGGCCGGCAGUCUCAGGCAGGGAAUGCAGCGAGGAGGUCGCAGCGGACGCCUCGCUUCAGCCCGCCCCCGCCCACACUGCGCCGCAGUCGUUCGCGUCCGUAGUCCGCAGUGACAGCGCGCCGGUGGCUAUGCCGCACCAGUCCGAACCGCUGUCCCUACAUCGCCUGCGGAAGAGCGAGUUCCUCUUGGAUACCAAACGGGAUUUAUACCACUGCACCUGCAAAAGGACGACACACCACCAACGCCUCUUUGGAUUACCCUCGUCGUCACCGGCAUCAGUGUGUGAUGACCAGUGAAAGUGCAUCAGUGUGUGUGUGCGUCUGUGCCUCAUCAAGUGCCAUAUCGGAUUACGUCUAGUGAAUUUACUACUGCAAAGAAACUACUGUACAUAAUAGUUAGUGAAAGUGAGUGCAUCUGUGAUAUACCAAACGGAUUACCAACCCACCUUGGAAUACAAUGGGUGACGAGUUACCAAUCCUCAAGGGCAUCCUCAACGGGGUCGUCAACUACCACAAUGCAC